GGCGGAGGUGGGGGAGAGGCGGGCUGGAACCGAGCGAGGCCAGGGAGCCCUCUGCGUCAGCUAUUGCUCGCUGCGCCGCACCAGUACCAGCCAGGACUCAUCCGCAACUCCAUGCUUGUGCCCGGUUCGACUCGUCCAUCCUCCGAGAAGAGGCAGCCCAUGAGGCUCCCAGUACACACUAAGUGCCACCCUGAAGGAUGUCCCAGCUCUCCUCCACCCUGAAGCGCUACACAGAAUCGUCCCGAUACACAGAUGCCCCUUAUGCCAAAUCGGGCUAUGGUACCUACACCCCUUCUUCCUAUGGGGCCAACCUGGCCGCCUCCUUCCUGGAGAAGGAAAAACUUGGUUUCAAGCGGGUCUCCCCAACCAGUUUCCUCCCCUCAUCCCGCACCUAUGGGCCCUCCCCGAUCCUGGACUAUGACCGUGGCCGCCCCCUGCUGAGACCAGACAUUCUCGGCGGUAGUAAGCGGGCUGAGAGCCAGACCCGGGGCACUGAGCGGCCAUCAGGCAGUGGACUCAACGGAGGCAGUGGAUUUCCAUAUGGAGUGACCAGCAACUCCCUCAGCUACCUGCCCAUGAGUGCCUGUGAUCAGGGGGUGACCCUGAGCCAGAAGAAAUCAAACAGCCAAUCAGACCUGGCCCGGGAUUUCUCCACCCUCCGAACUUCCGAUGGCUACCGGACCUCAGAUGGCUACCGGAUAGACCCUGGGAACAUGGGGCGCAGUCCCAUGCUGGCCCGCACACGUAAGGAGCUCUGUGCUCUGCAGGGCUUCUACCAGGCAGCCAGCCAAUCGGAAUACUUAACAGACUACCUGGAGAACUAUGGUCGCAAGGGCAGCACACCACAGGUGCUCACACAACCCCCUCCCUCAAGAGUCCCUGAAAUCCUCAGUCCCACCUAUCGACCCAGUGGCCGCUACACACUGUGGGAGAAGGGCAAGGGCCAAGCCCCUGGGCCCAGCUGCUCCAGUUCCCCAAGGCGAGACAUCAUGAAUUCAAAAAGUGCCCAGGGUCUGGCAGGUCUUCGAAACCUUGGGAACACGUGCUUCAUGAACUCAAUUCUUCAGUGCCUGAGCAACACCCGGGAGCUGAGAGAUUACUGCCUCCAGAGGCUGUACAUGCGGGACCUGGGCCACACCAGCAGUGCACACACAGCCCUCAUGGAAGAGUUUGCAAAACUAAUCCAGACCAUAUGGACUUCAUCCCCCAAUGAUGUGGUGAGCCCAUCUGAGUUCAAGACACAGAUUCAGAGAUAUGCACCUCGAUUUGUUGGCUAUAAUCAACAGGAUGCUCAGGAGUUCCUUCGCUUCCUUCUGGAUGGACUUCACAAUGAGGUGAACCGAGUAACAGUAAGGCCUAAGCCCAACCCCGAGAACCUCGAUCAUCUCCCUGAUGAUGAAAAGGGGCGACAGAUGUGGAGGAAGUAUCUAGAGCGGGAAGACAGUCGGAUUGGGGAUCUCUUUGUUGGCCAGCUAAAGAGCUCCCUGACAUGCACCGACUGUGGCUACUGCUCUACAGUCUUCGAUCCCUUCUGGGACCUCUCACUGCCCAUUGCGAAGAGAGGUUAUCCUGAGGUAACAUUAAUGGACUGCAUGAGGCUCUUCACCAAAGAGGAUGUGCUGGAUGGGGAUGAGAAGCCAACAUGCUGUCGCUGCCGAGCCAGAAAACGAUGUAUAAAGAAGUUCUCCGUCCAGAGGUUCCCAAAGAUCUUGGUGCUGCACCUGAAGCGGUUCUCAGAAUCCAGGAUACGAACCAGCAAGCUCACAACAUUUGUGAAUUUCCCACUAAGAGACCUGGACUUGAGAGAAUUUGCCUCAGAAAACACCAACCAUGCUGUUUACAACCUGUAUGCUGUGUCCAAUCACUCUGGAACCACCAUGGGUGGCCAUUACACAGCCUACUGCCGAAGUCCAGUGACAGGCGAAUGGCACACUUUCAAUGACUCCAGUGUCACACCCAUGUCCUCCAGCCAAGUGCGCACCAGCGACGCCUAUUUGCUCUUCUAUGAACUGGCCAGUCCACCCUCCCGUAUGUAGCAUUGAAGAGCUACAUCCCUUUCCCAUUCCCUGUGGUGGCCCCACAUCCUAAGUUUUUUAAAAAGUAAAAAAAAAACCAACAAAAUCCUGACAAGUAAGAGAAAAAUAAACUAAAACAAAGCUGCCGAGCAGAAGUUGAUACAGCCUGGUCAGGGUCUGGAGCAAGGAACCCAGUGCCCCUGAGCCAUGGCCUGUCAGGGAAGGCAAACUGGACAUGGAGACCGAGCAAUGUUCCCUCGGCUUCUCUUGUUUGCAUUUUUAAGCUUGUGGUUUUUUUCCUGUGUGUAAUAAACAACAGUGGUCUGUGGGAAGAAGAUCCUCCAUCCACCUGCUGCCCUCUCCAGCCCCCCCCACCUUCCAGGAGAACAGCACCCUCUGGAGUCUGUUGGGUCAUCACUGCUGGAUGGUGUACUGAGGAGCAGGCACCCAGAACCCACCCGGAUCUGCUCACCUGGCCAGAGCAGGAAAUACCCAUGAGCCAAGAGCACACUAAACGCUGCUAAGUCCAGGGGUACAGAUGAGGGGGUAUCUUGAAAAAAGCUGUUUUGGGUUUUGAAAAGCCCAACUUUUUUAGUCACUGUAACAAAAGCCGCUCUCUUUCACACCUUCACAGAUGGCACUUUGGGCUGGCCCUUUUUGUUGUUGUUGUUGUUUUUUUUUUAAUUCUUUCAAUACAGCUUUCCUAACGCUAGCCCCCUGUGGUGCUAGGUGAGUAUUGGCCAGGCCCAAACAUAGUUGCAGUAGACCUGGGAUCUAAGUAAGUUUGUUUUGAAGUUUCUUCCCUCCGUUUUUUUUUUUAAAAAAAAAAAAAAUGUUUUUGGAUGGAAUCUAAUUGCCUCCAAGAAUUGUGCCUUAUAGCAUUUGGGGACCAGGAGAUAACUCCCCUCCCUGAAAUAUCCCUCACCUGUUUCCCUUUAUCCCAGUGCCCUGUUCAAAACCACUGGGGUCGGGGAGGGGAUGGGGUCCUGCCCUUAGCCCCUGGCCCCUGGCAGGUUGUGCAUUGCAGUGAGGUAAGAGGGAAGUAGGUAAAAGAUUUCUUAAGAUAGCGUAUCAAGUUUUUCCUGCUGACCUCCUUGCCCACCCCUGGUCUACUCCCCAGCUGUUUGAAGGAUAGAUAGCACAAGUCUCAAACCUUUAAUUUAUUCUCUACUUAAUGUCCCUGUCCCCCAGCCUUCCUGCCACCUGUCCCUUCUCAGAGCCUCCUAGACACAGGCCCUCUGGACCGAGCUGCUCAGGGACACCCAUGCCACCCCUCACCUCUUCUUGGCAUCGGUCUUUAGUCCUACCCUGGGCACUGGAGCCUGGGUGUCUGGAGACAUCUUGCCUCCUAUGACUCUUUCCCAUGGGCUUGAUUUCACCCUAAGUUGUUAGACAAAAGUCUGUGCUGUCUCAAGAGCCAAGCUGUUCAGCACUAAUGCAUUUUGCACUGUGCAAUUUUGCACACCCCCACAGCUGGGCCUGGCUUAUGCCCUCAGAACCUAGAGUGCAGAAGCGUUCCCAGGAUGAGGCACCAGAAAAAAAGACACCCUGAGUUUACCUGGCCUGACAGCCUUCUCUAGGGAAGACCUGUGAACCUGAGCCCAAGGGCUGGUGUACACUUGUUUACUGUGUAAGCAAGAGUAGAGGAAUGUCUAAUGUACAGUGGAACCUUGUACAAAAUAAAUAGUAGAUUUGAGAAAGAA